AUGGCUGAGUCGACGAGUGGCCUCAUAGCUAGCACAGUCGUCCGCGCGACCAGUCUGCCCAAAGUCGAUAGCCUCGAUUGUAGUCGGCCAAGAAACGGGAAAUUCUACUGCGUCGUGACGAUCGGCGAGGAGCGGCAAGAGACAAAGGUCGCUCGCCGAAGCAGCACUCCUGAGUGGAACCAAAUUUUCUCCUUUGACGCCCACCGAGAUUUCACUUUGAAGAUCGAAAUAUUUGCUCGCCGCAAGAUGCGCAAGGACCAGCACAUCGGCUUCUUCUCGGAACCGAUUUCUGUCAUAUGUCCUUCGAUAUUCGAAGCCGGCCCUGAAGACGUUACCAAGACCAUAUCAGGAGAACCGGGCGCCUACAUCGUCUUGCGAUUCGAAACCAAAUUCGACAUUGAUUUCGUGCGAGAAUCGCCUGCCAAUGAGACUCUGCCGACGAUCCCAAACAGUCUCGCCUCCCAGGACUUACCGCAGGAGGUGCCUACAGACCCGAUCCCAGAGAAGAUGCCUCUGGAGCGUCGUUUAUCUCAAAUGCACUCGCUACAUCGACCUGUCAGUACACUCAUCGAAAGCGCAAGCCCUGUGUCUUCGGAAGCUAGUUCUUUUGGCACGACAUGGGGGCCCCUCUUCGACGACAUCAAGAUCUUUUGCGAGUUCACGGACAAGCUCGCAGAAGUAUGCGCUGAUUUUGCACCUCCCAACGUCAGGACGCUUACAUAUUAUUGUGUCUCUCUCAACAGUUCCGACAGAUAUCGUGGCGAUGCUGAGAGCAUCCUGGUUGCAAAGAUCAUCCAGAAACAGAUGGAGCGAGACAUAAACAUAUUGAAGCUGUUCGAUAGAAUGAAAUCAUUCUACAGCAUUGUGAAUGAUUUGAAGACGGAAUUCGAGGACAAGCCCGAGGAGGCCAUUACGCUACAAGACCUAUUCAAACGGAUUGCUCGACAGACCACAGAGCGCUACUACUUCAUCUCUGAAUACGCGAACACCGAGGGAUUUCUAAAACGAACAGGAAAGAAUGCACUCUCACCGACGGAUGAGACGAUCACCAAAUUCUGCGAUGCGUUCAUCGAACUCAGGAAGGAAUUUGACACCGGAGUGGCUGUACAAACUGGGAUAGUCGCCAAAUCUAUCCUCGACAAAGUGGAAUAUAUCCUCAACGACGUGGAGCGUAUUCUGGGUGAUACGGACAAGAUCAAGAUCAAUAUUGAUUUGAAGGAGAUCAGAUACGUGCCUGAGGCCAGUUUCGAUAAGAACAAGGGGUGCCAGCCCGGAACUCGAACGGUAAUUUUGGACGAAAUUUCCGCUUGUAUCAAUGCGGAGGAUGCUCCUCGCGUUCUCUUGCUCUCUGGCGCUGCAGGGACUGGAAAAUCGGCUAUCACUCACACCAUCGCUCACCAGUUUAAGAGCCUCAAUCGUCUUGGAUCGUCUUUUUGUUUUGUACGCGGUGAGGCUGGGCGCGGUCCUGAACGACUGUUUGCUCAUGUGGCUCGCGAUUUGGCUGACCUUGACGAGUGCAUACGACGCACGCUAUGGAGGAUUGUUCAGGGCGAUACAGCGCUCCGUACUACGUUGCACAUCAACAAGCAGUUCAGCAAUUUCAUUCUGAAACCGCUCAAGGAACUCACGCUCACUGGUCCCCUCGUCAUUGUCAUCGAUGCUUUGAAUGAAAGCGGCGAUAUCCAAUCUCGGCAAGAGCUACUCCAGUUACUCGUUGAAAAAAUUACAGAUUUUCCUUCCAAUGUCCGCAUGCUUCUCACAUCUCGCCCUGAGACAGAUGUCGGGCGUCUAUUCAAACCGAAUGCCCACAUGAUUCUGAAGAGAAUGCAGGACACCCCCCCUCAGUUGACUGAGCUCGAUAUCACAACAUACAUUCACAACCGUCUGAGCGGUCCCGGCUACAGUGCACGCAGAAGCACGCUUGUGUCCAAAUGUGAGGGACUAUUCCAGUGGGCAUCCGUUGCCUGCACAUUUAUUAUAGGUCUAGGCAUCACUGGAUUGGAGCCUUUGGAUCGAUACAACCUCCUGAUUGAGGGCAAGGUCCAUGAAACGGCAGGCUUAGAUGGCAUAUACACAACCGUGCUGUCGUAUCUGUUUCCGAUUCAGAGAUCUGUCGCAUUGGAUAAAUUCAUCAUGGGCGGCUUCCAAACCAUCAUGGCGCUGGUGUUGACAACUGGAAGAUAUUAUGUUGACACGUCUCGAACCCACAGAGACUUGGCACUCGCGUCGCUGCAUAUUAUGGAGAAAGAACUAGUGUUUAAUAUUUGCCAUCUGGAAUCCUCGUACAUCUUAAACAAGGACAUCCUUGACCUUGCCGAUCGCGUUCAGAAUUCAAUACCCGCCCAUCUUUCCUAUUCGUGCCGAUUCUGGGCAACUCAUUUACAAACUAUAGAGACAGGUGUUGCAUCCGACCUCAAGCUGCUGAAAGGCGUGGAAGUGGUGCUCAAGGAAAAAAUCCUGUUCUGGCUCGAGGUGAUGAGUCUUGUUGGUGCUAUCUCGGGGGCAGCUCGAGCCGUUGCUCCUAUUCUGAAAUGUAAAUCGGGUCCACAUACUAGGCAAAUAUUCAAAUUGGCGAUGGACGCGCGUGGCUUCAUGAAUGUGUUCGGUUUCCCGAUAUCGCAGUCCACUCCUCACAUCUACUUGUCCGCCCUAGCAUUCGCUCCACAAAUCUCUGGUGUAUUCGAAAGGUUUGGGAAGGACUUUCUACAGAUACUGAAGGUCUCAGCUGGGGCGGGCGACUAUUGGCCAGCUGCCCAACAUAGCAUCCGUGCAGGCUGUUGGGUUCAGUGCGUAGCAAUCUCGCCCGGCGGAUUGUGGAUAGUGGCAGGCUUGAACGACUCGACAAUCCGGAUGUGGGAUGUGUCAACAGGUGAGGCGGUGGGAGACCCUCUCGAGGGACACAGAGACCGCGUCAAAUCUGUUGCUUUCUCGAUAGACGGGAAGUGGAUCGUGUCAGGCUCAAGCGACUCCACAAUCCGGAUGUGGGAUGCGGCAACGCAUGCUGCUAUGGGCGCCCCUCUCGAGGGACGCACAGGCCCAGUCUGUGCUGUUGCUACCUCGCCAGACGGGACGCGGAUCGUGUCAGGCUCAUGGCCCAACACAAUCCGGGUGUGGGACGUGGCGACAUGUGCUCCUGUGUGCGACCCUCUCGAGGGGCACACAGCUAUGAUUACUUCCGUUAUUUUUUUCGCCGGAUGGGAAGCGGAUCUGGAAGACCCUCUCAAGGGACACUCAAAAUCGGCCAAUUCUGUUGCGUUCUUCCCAGAUGGGUCACGGAUCGUGUCAGGCUCUAGAGACCGCACAAUCCGGGCGUGGAACGUGGCAACAUGGGCUGCUGUGGGAGAGCCUCUCAAGGGACACACAGAGCAGGUCACUUCUGUUGUUUUUUCGCCGGACGGAAAGCGGAUCAUGUCAGGCUCUUGGGACAAGACAAUCCGAGUCUGGGAUGCGGCGACACAUGGUCUAGUCGAUGGGUCGCGGAUAGUGUCAGGAUCUUGGGACAAGACAAUCCGGGUGUGGGAUACAGCGACUCGCGCUGCAGUGGGUGAAGUUCUCGAUGUCCACACAGAAUUUGUCAAGUCUGUUGCUUUCUCACCAGAUGGAAGGCAGAUGGUGUCAGGCUCAGGCGAUCGCACAAUCGGGGUGUGGGACGUGGCAAGUUGUACUGCUGUAAGCGACCCACUCGAGGCACACACAGGUGCUGUCAAUUCUGUUGGUUUCUCACCAGACAGGAAGUGGAUCGUGUCAGGCUCGUGCGACGACACAAUUCAGCUGUGGGAUGCAGCAACGCACGCUGCUGUGGGCGACUUCCUCGGGGGACACAGUAAUGCGGUCAAUUCUGUUGCUUUCUCGCCAGACGGGAUGCGGAUCGUGUCAGGCUCUUACGACAAGACAAUCUGGGUCCGGGAUACAGCGACGCAUGCUGCUGUGGGCAACCCUCUCGAGGCGAAGACAGAGAUCCUUUCUGUUGCAUACUCGCCACACGGGAAGCAAAUUGUGUCAAGCUCGUGGGAGGCUACAAUACAGGUAUGGGAUGCGCUUUUUGUCUCGACCAAGGCCGACGAUGGCCCUCUCACACAGCAAUCCGAACUUUCCGAUGUAUCUGCUCGUGAGUUCAAGCGUUGUCACUGUGGAAGCAUGAGCGUCCCACCUGACCAGAACUUUUCGCAGUCUUAA